UUGCUGGUUGGCUGGCCAUUCAUUCAGUCCCGUGAUUUCGAACGCGAAUGAUACCUUUCGUUUGGUUUCCUCCCGGUGUCGGUUACUAAAAGACUAUAAUGUAUGUAUUUCAAUAAAAAAAAAACUGAAUCAAGUGUUGGUGCAAAAAACAAAGAACAAUCUCCGCACCGGAACCGGACAAAUUAUAUUGUGAUUAGGCAAAAUUUUGAAAGUUUGGCAACUAGAAGUGUAUAUAGUGAAGCUUUAGUUGGAGUUUGGAAAGCUGUUUAAAAAUGUGUUUCCGAUUUCGGUUGGAAUUUUGAGUUGUCACGAAUCGGGAAGUGAAUCAACUGUGUUUUAGUGAACUAAUAUGUAUUGCACAAACAAUAAACAGAUAUGUAACAAAACAAAUUGGUAGUUAAAAAAGCUUAAUGGAAUACACAUAUGGAAAACCAAUAGAAAUGUCAAUGAAUCCUCUGGAAAACGUGCCAUUCAUCGACCUAACUACAACCGUGAUUGAUCCUCACGUGAAGUUCCACCUGAUGACUAAAAUGAUGAAACGCUUCCGCAUAACACCCUAAGCAGUCCCACACAGUAUGCUGUUUGAGGCCGUUCAAAAUGGUGACCUAGAUAAGGUAGCCGCCCUGCUGGACAACGGUGCCGAUGUCAACGAGCGGGAUGACAAAUUCUUCAACACCGCUCUGCACAGGUCAAUCUUUGCCCAGCGAAACCGUCCCGAGCUGAUCGACUUGUUGAUUUCCCGCGGAGCCGACUGCAAUGCGCUCAACAAGAAGUAUCUUACGGCUUCGGAGCUGGCUCUGGAGAAGAAGCUCGACGAUCUGGCCAAACAUAUGAUCCUGCGAGAAACCGAACACAUCGACAACCAUCUGGCGUACUAUCUGUUGAUUCGGCGAGGCAACCUUCAGCUGCUAGAGUUUCUCAUCUCGAUCAAACGGCUCAAGUAUGAGGAUGAGAUUCUGAUCAUUGCCAAGGCGUACGGUGAGCUCAAGCUAAAGAAUGUGCCCCUGAAGGAGCACAUGGAAGCGUAUCUGAACGAGAUACUGAUCAAUCAUGACUACUGGUUGAUCAAUAGCGGCAGUGGCAAGCAGCGAAAGGAUCGGGUGCAGAAUGUCCAUCGAAUCCGUGAAAUUGUGGAUAACGUACGGGAGCUGUUCACGUCCUAUGACAACUACAACCUGAUGGACGUGGACAGCAUCUUUCUGCUGAGGCUUUCCUACAUUUUGGAGAACAUCUUCUUCAUUCGGAAUCAGUACAAGGAGCUUCCAUUGCAUCAUGUUGAAUUCUGCAUCGGCAUCUUCUUGCACAUUUGGAAAAAUCCUCCGCACUACGAUAUCUACAGAACGAUGAUUGACAAACGGCAGCUGAUCAUCUACCUGCAAGCCGUGGCUGACGAGUUGAAGAAGAUAAUCGCCCUCCCAUGCUACAACUUGACACCGUCUCCAAGUCCUCCGCCUUCGGCUAUACGCAAUUCAACGGAUUCAGGCUCCACUUCAACAGCUCCGUCGCCCAUUGGAACAACUCAUUUAACAUCCUCAAAAGCGCGCACACGAUUCCGAUGGUCUACGGAGCUAAACCGAGAGCUGAUGUUCUGUUACUUCGUGGUUUCUAAAGGUGGUCUGAACCAAGUUGGAUAUCGCAAACGGUUACACGACAUGUGGUGUAAUCGCCAAGGGGCUUACGAUUAUCUUACCGAGCAAAAUCUCUACAGUCAACUACGAAGAAUACAGCGAGAUCAUUUGCUAUCGGAUGACACCUGUCGCAAACUUCGGUCCGAAGCCAGUGAGUACGAGUUCGACUAUCACUGUUCCCAAACACGUCCGUUGAAAAUUUCCGAUAAAAACAGGAAAGUGUUCCGAAAACUUGCUAAAAACUACAGUCGUAUGAAAGAACUUCACUCUAUCAUACGGGCUCUGAACUACGUGAACUCGGUUAUAGAAAUGAAGUUCAAUGCCAGCAAGGAAAUCGACGUGUUAGCUAUGAAGAGGGUCGUUCAGGUGUUGGAAGAAACGAUUAGAAACAGCAAAGACUCUCCAAAUAUAAGUAAGCAUUUGAAGAGCUUCUUAAGUUUUCUUGUUCCAAAAUACUUAUUCAGUGACACGGGAAUACGCCAUCACUUGUCACACUGUCAUGAAGAUUUCGCAUCCUUCAUUAGGGCAAACGAAGAAAAGCUAGACUAUACCGCGUUGCAUCGAAAUCUUAAGAUUAUAAGAGAUCUCUUAUUGUACGUACAAAAUCUAGAAUACAUCUUAGCCAUUAAGACCCUCAUGAAUCGCUUGUACAACAGUAAAUGCAUAGAAGAGAUCAAAUCCUACUACGCCUAUCUGUUCCGUAACAACUCUAGAGAUUUUUGCAAAGACCUCGAGUUCGCUCCAUUUCUUCUGCUGGAGAUCAAUUCGAUUGUCGAUUCAAUAGUUCAGUAUCAACGCGAUGCUGGUAUAAAACCAAGCGAUCGCCUACAAAAAAUCAAACUUUUCAUCCGGAAAGAAAUCGAUAGUUAUAAAACGUUGCAUCAGCAAUUCAGCAAUACGAUCCUCAUCAUCGACUGCAUUGUGUCCAAGAUAAAAACGAACCAUAGUCACGAAAAGAUCCGUCAUUUAGCUCGAUCACAUAUGCGAUCAUUUCAGCUCGAUCGCAAGAUCAGUCAAUAUUUUCUCAAUCAACUGAAAUCCCAACUGUUACACUACCUGUAUGACGAUCUUAAAUCUAUCGACAACGAAGAAGUUCAAUCGAAUUCAAUACUUUUGGCACUGAGAGCUGUGUUCGCAAUCGAUAACCACGAAUCGAGUGACUUAGAGCUGAUGAAGUCGUUCAAAACAAUGUUCACAGAUGACUUCAUGACCAUGAUCGAUCGCCUCGAAACAAAAACUGGACAAUCGUUCAGCUUCUUGCGACAAGAUCCGACAUUUCAAAAAUCAAAAGACCAUCCUAACAAAAGGUAUGAUCUGCUUCGUCAGUGUCUUACCAAGCAUAGCAUCACUCUAGAUGUAUCGAUCCUCGACGAACUCAAACAAGAAGACAAUCGUUGCGCCGAAGAUAAAAUAAACCAAAUGCAAAGCCUAUUUUUAGACCAGAAUAUGAACUUUCGAGUGCUGAAUCGAAUAGACGAAAUAGCAUUUGAAAUGAUCAUGUUGGAAGCCACUUGGGCACUGUCCCCGAAAUUAAUGAACAAUGCCGAAAGUCUGCUAAGCUUCGUCCCUGUUUUGACGGGACGAAAUCUGAGAAACUACCUCUCACACGGAAGCAUCACCUACGAAGUACUCGUCUCCAACAUCAGCUUCAAAACUGUCCUGCAAAAUGCUCUGAGUAUAAUCAAACUGUCCAAGAACAUCAUUUCCGAGAUCUACGAACGAUACAGCUGGGACUUUAGCGAUCGUUUAGAGUGCCUGACGCAUCAAACGAAUGUUCUAAACAGUUUGCGGUUCCAGCAUUCCUCCCAGAUAUGCGAUACAAUCAAACGUGAUCAGUAUCUGAUAGGAAAGGAUCACUUGAACCAUGGAAUCGUCGAUCACUUAGUACAAACGCAGAGCUGUCUCCUGUUAGGACACCUUCUAGAUCUGGAAAGUGAACAUGUUUUACUGAAAACACUUUCCCAUCAAUUAGGCGAGAUCAACGUCAUUCCGGCUGGUGGUAAACUGCAUGAGUUGAUCGCAGAGGCUCCCGCCCGAAUAAGGUUCUGUUACAACCUUGCGCUGCUGAGCAACGAAGAGGACAUUCUUUUGAAAGUUGUGGCUGACUUCGGCUACGAUCACAUCGAUGCAAUCCCUAUGAUAUUCAACUUUGACAAAUUGUUCAUCAGCCUGCUGGAGAACCACCCUGAUUAUGAUGUGAACACGGAUUCUAACGUUGAGAUUCUUCACUAUGCGGUACUUUCCGGCAACGUGGAACUUUUGAAUCUGCUGUUGGAUCAGUGUAAUGAUCUGAACCAACGAGACUUGUACAACCUUACCCCACUCGACGUAGCAUGCAAAUUGAGCAACCUUGAGAUGAUCAAAACUUUAACCAACGCUGGAGCUAGAUGGUACAGCAAUAGCCUAAGUCAAUACACGUGGUUGUUCCUAAACAACGAUUAUGAAGCGAUCGUAUUCCUGAAGAACAACGAUCUGCUGAGCGAGAAGAUUACACGAGCAUGCAUCAAUCUCUUUCUGCAGUACUGCGAUGAUGACAAGGAAGAGAUAGUAGAGUUUAUGUUGAGCUGUGUGGAUUUCAGCAAUCUCUAUGCGACGGCAGCCAAGUACAGGAGAGUUCACGUACUGAACUACAUGAUCGCCAAUGAUGAACGAGUGAGAGUCAAUAUCAACCGGAAGAAUGCCAGAGGACAAGCAGCAAUUCACGUGUCCUGCACGAGUGGGUAUCGAGAGAUUGUUGAACUCCUUUUAGCGAACUACGGAAGCGUCGAUUUACAAGAUUCAACAGGCAACACUUCGCUGCAUCUAGCUGUUCAACGUGGAAGUAUCGCUAUCGUAAAACAACUCCUCGCACAAGACGCGAAAAUUGACAUGGAGAACCAGAUGAGCAAAACUCCAUUGGACUUGGCUGUGCAGUUAGGCAAUGUUCGCAUGGUUAAGCUUCUACUCAAACGAAGACAGCUUGUACGAGCUGUCCAGAUAUCUAGUUCACUCAAAUCACUUGAAAUUCUACAUCUUUUGAAAACGGUGAGUGCACAAUACAAAUUAGAGUCGGAUGCUAGCAAUAGCGCAUUAACCCUACUUCACCGUGUAACUGAUGAGGGCAGAUUACAAGCUCUCUUACGUUACUUUGAAGUAGAUGUUCGAUGUUCCAAAUUCCUGGAUACUCCACUUCACAUAGCAUGCUUGAUGAAUCGUACCAAACUAGUACGCGUGCUGCUUCAAAAUGGAGCGAAUACGAGCCUUAAAAAUUGUGAUAACCUUAUACCACUCCAUCUAGCAGUGACCAAUCGGAAUGCUGAGGUAGUUAAACUGUUGAUGGCCGAACAUCAUCAACUGGAUCCGAGUCAUGUCAAUUCAGCUCUAUCAAUAGCAGCCCGGAAAGGCUUCCUGGAUAUUUCGAACAUUCUGUUGGAGUGUGGUGCAGACAUAUCGGUAAUAUCGUGCGUUAUGAAUCGCCCGGAGCUCUAUCUACUCCACUCUGCGUCACGACAAGGCUAUCACAAAAUUUUACGCUUCCUACUGCAGGAAAGAUGUUUUGAAGUGAACGCCGAAGACUCCAACGGGCUAACUCCUCUACUCCACGCCGUUAUAAAUUCUAGCAUCCAAACUACAGAAAUUCUUAUACAAUUCGGAGCAAAUGUAAAUCAUACGACGAAAUUUGGUCAAAAUGUUCUGACCUUUGCCACCAUGCACGAUCACCUUGACCUGGUACGGUAUUUCGUGAACAAUUUCCCCAGCGUUAUCGAUUACGUACUGAGUGAAACAACCAAUCAGAACAACUGCCUCCACAUUGCCGCUCUGAAGGGAUCGUACGAAAUGGUCAAAUACUUUGUCAAACUUCACUUGGACCGAUGCUAUCACCUGAACGCACAGAACCAAGACGGCUUCACAGCUCUUCAUAUUUGCGCCCAAACCGGCAAUGAGAAGCUCUUCAGGAUCCUUCUCGAUAGCGGGGCUGAUCCAAUGAUCCCUCUCGGCAAUAGGCAAUCGAUCCUGCACACUGCCGUUUCGAACAAAAAUUUGAACAUCGUGCGGAUUGUGCUGGAUAGAGCACUGAUCGAUCGGAAUGCUUUGGAUGAUGACGGUCGAUCGGUUCUGCACUAUUCCGUCUUUUCGAAGGAGGUGUCCAUAGUCAGGGAAGUUCUGAAGAUUCGUGGGUUAAACGUAAACCAGCAGGAUAGCGCAGGAAACAGUGCGCUCCACUUGGCGGCCGAGUAUCAGUACGUAGAUAUCUACAAUCUCCUGCGAAGGCGAGUUGACAAUGAACUGCGUACGUACGAAGGACAGAAACGUGCAAUAGAUGUCUUGCUGAGGAAGUAGGGUGCAACACUCGUAGGAAGUUCUGUACAGAAAUCCCAUGUCUUCGAAAAAGAAAUUGUUGUGUUUUUAGGUUCAAGGAAAAUCUUUAGAGCUGCAGGUGUCGUGUGAAUUUGUAUAAAAUAUUCUAAUAGAUGUGGUGUAAUACUAGAGGUAUCUUAUAGCUACAUGAUUGGACAAACUAAACAUAAAUAUUAGCAUGUGGUGCCAGAUGAGUUAUAUUAGCAAGUUCAUACAACAUGAAUGUGAAACUGAAAUUUCGGAAUGAAACCAAGCUGUCACUUCCGGUAGGCUAUCUGUUGUUUGACUUUACUAAUACUAGGCGGCCAUUAGAGCUUGUUAAUAGCUGAAUUCGUCCAGGGUUUAUUUCGGGAAUAUUGUAUAGAAUUGUUCAGAAAUCACUUCAAUAAAUCAAUCCAACUUGAA